AUGCGGCGUGUACUGGAGCCCCUGUCCCGUGAGCAGCAGAUGCGGCGUGUGCUUGAGCCCUUGCCCCGUUUGCAGAGGAUGAGGGGCUACCAGCGGAGAGAGAAGGAGCCUUCUCCGGAGGCCCCGCGUCCUCCGUUACUCGUAGUUGGGUACUUGGUACCCUGUGUCUCAGACACACGGAUGAUUUCCCACUAA